AUGACGGGAACCGAGCCAACCCCUCUCGCCAAGUUCGAGGCCGUCUUCCCGACGCUCGAGCAAGAGGUCCUCAACCAUGCCAAGAAGUACAAGCUCCCUCAGGAGUACCUUGAAUGGUUCAAGAAGUCCCUGGAGAUCAACACCCUCGGUGGAAAAUGCAACCGUGGCAUGUCAGUUCCCGACUCGGUCGGUCUUCUGCUGGAGCGAGACCUCACCGAGAAGGAGUACUUCCAGGCCUCGGUUCUGGGCUGGAUGAUUGAGCUUCUCCAGGCUUUCUUCCUCGUCUCGGACGACAUCAUGGAUGGCAGCAUCACUCGUCGUGGCAAGCCUUGCUGGUAUCGCCAGAACGGUGUCGGCAUGGUCGCUAUCAACGAUGCCUUUAUGCUCGAGUCCGCCAUCUAUCUGCUUCUGAAGCAAUACUUCAAGGACCACCCGGCCUACAUCGACAUGGUUGAGCUGUUCCACGAGGUCACCUUCCAGACCGAGCUCGGCCAGCUGUGCGAUCUGCUCACUGCGCCGGAGGACCACGUCAACCUCGACAACUUCAGCCUUGAGAAGUAUACCUUCAUCGUCAUUUACAAGACUGCCUACUACAGCUUCUACCUCCCCGUUGCACUUGCCCUGCAAUUCCAGAACAUCGCGACGCCCAAGAACCUUAAGCAGGCCGAGAACAUCUUGAUCCCCAUGGGAGAGUAUUUCCAGAUCCAGGACGACUACCUGGAUAACUUUGGCGACCCCGAGCACAUUGGCAAGGUUGGCACCGACAUCAAGGACAACAAGUGUUCGUGGCUGGUCAACCAGGCUCUCAAGAUCGCCACUCCCGAGCAGCUUCAGGUUCUCCAGAAGCACUACGGCCGCAAGAAUGACAACGACGAGGCUGCGGUCAAGAAGCUCUACAACGAGCUGGGUCUUGAGAAGAUCUAUCUCCAAUACGAGGAGUCGCGCGUCGGUGAGAUCAAGAAGAUGAUCGAGGGUCUGGACGAGAGCGAGGGUCUAAAGAAGUCCGUCUUCGAGACCUUCCUCAAGAAGAUCUACAAACGAUCCAAGUAA